CUGUGCCUGGUGGCGUGUGCGACCGGUGCUAGCUUGCGCGAGAAGCGCGGCUACCUCGGAGGGCUGCACUCUGGCGGCCUCGGAGGCGGUUUGUCGCUCGUCGGCGGAUACUCCGGCCACAGCGGCUACUCGGCGCCGUCAGCUCAGCUCGUCACCGUCAACAAAGUCGUGAACGUCCCUAAAGUUGUGAGCGUACCCCAAGUCAUCAACGUAAACAAGGUCGUCUCCGUGCCCCAAGUUGUAACUGAAAACAGAUUAGUGUCCUCCGGUGGCGGAUACAGCGGUGGUUUCGGAAGCGGACUCGGCGGCGGACACAGUGGCGGUUACAGUGGCGGAUUCGGAAGUGGACACGGUGGUUACUCUAGCGGCUGGUGUUGUAUAUCCAAGUUUGGCUUCCAUAGGACAGAUACAGACAAGAUUGCAGUGCUGUGCCUGGUGGCGUGUGCGACUGGUGCUAGCUUGCGCGAGAAGCGCGGCUACCUCGGAGGACUGCACUCUGGUGGCCUUGGAGGCGGCUUGUCGCUUGGCGGUGAUUACUCCGGCCACGGCGGCUACUCCGCGCCCGGUGGAUUCGGAAGCGGACUCGGUGGCGGACACAGCGGCGGUUACAGUAGCGGUUACAGUGGCGGAUACAGUGGCGGAUUUGGAAGUGGACACGGUGGUUACUCUAGCGGCUGCAUUGGCGGAUACGGUGGUGGCUUCGGCGGAUACGGUGGUGGUUUUGGUGGACACGGUGGGGCUAUCUUCGAGUCUGCGCCUGCAAGAAUCGUGUCCGUCCACAAGGUUGUCGAAGUACCAAAGGUAAUAACCGUCAACAAAGUGGUGUCUGUACCUAAGGUAGUAUCCGUGCCCCAUAUCGUGAAGGUGUCCAAGAUCGUGUCAGAGCCCGUGCACUACUCCUCCGGCUGGUGGUGA